AUGGCCCAAUAUGAAUUCCUACCGUUGUGCGAUGUCUUGUUCAAUGUUAUCUCGUUGGCUGCAUACUUUUGUAACAUUGUAUUUGAUGUUGUCAUGGGAUAUGCCUUGUACUCUCAUGGACAGUAUCUACCCUUCUGUAUCACAAUGUUGUUCGUAGGAAUAUCUGCCACUGUUGAACAAACAAUGUCACUACGUUGGUACUUAGUUGCACAGACUGUUAGUGACAAGUCAUCCCUAACUGAUAGGCUGAAGCGUUAUGCUGUCCAAGGAUUGCAUUUUAUUCAGCUGGGUAUUCUAUGGAGGUACUUUAAAUUGUUUCUUCCGGUUGACUUAAGGUAUGUAAAAUUUGAAGUACGUGAUCUGUGUAUGCUUCGACUUUUACAUGCAUUCUGUGAAUCAAUGCCUCUUUUAUUACUUCAGUCUUAUCUUUUAUGGACAGAUGAAGGUAUUUUAAAACAACUACAUGAUUUAAAUAAAGUAACAAUAACACUAUCAACUGUCAGUGUUUGUUGGGCAUUAGCUUCUUUUGGAAAAAAUGUUCGUUUACAAAAUGUGCAUAGACUAGUUCUUACUUGGCUAGGUGUAAUAUUUCAGUUCCUAUGGCGAAUUGGCACAGUUGGAGCUAGAGUUAUAUCAUUAACUGCUUAUGCAGCGGUAUAUAAAUACUGGAUUCUACUAGUACUCUUUCUACAUUGGUUAUCUAUGCUUUUAUGGUUACAUUCACCUAAAACUGUUUUUCAUGGAGAACGCAUGUCUUCAACUCGCAAGGCAUUUUUAUAUUCAUUACUUGCCUUUGUUUACACUUUUGCUUACAUUAAUUUAAUUGAGGAUAACCAUAGAGAAAAAAUGCUUAUGUUUUAUGUAGUAAUGGCUUUAGAAAAUGCUCUUCUUAUGUUUGUAUGGACUAUAGGAAGUGGCAAUAUUGUUAUGCCUUUUGUGGUUCUUGGAUUAUUCAGUGGUGGUUUAGUAUUUAUGGCAUUGUAUUAUCAAUUUUUUCAUGUAAGGAGGCUUAAAUAUGAAUCUGGAGGUCGCCCUAGUAAUGCUUCAAAUAGUAAUAAUUCAACUGUCAAAUUGGCCUUAGAAGCAAAAUAUAAAAGUCAGAAUACUGCCCCUAAUGGAAAAGUAGACCUCAUAAGAAGACAUAGUUUUAGUAGUGUAUAUGAAAACAUUCCUCUUGGUGGUUAUCACAAUCAAGGUAUUUUGAAUGAACAACCUCCAUUAAUACAAAGAAACCAAAGAUAUUACAGUGCACUACCAGCUAGAGUGCAUAAUGGUAUACCCGGUGUUUUUAACUGCCGUUUUACAAACCCAUAUGUAGCAGCUAUGCAAAAAAGGAAAAAAAAAAAACCUACCACAUUUGUUCCACCACCAUCUGGAACUAGUGGUCGAGAUAGUGUUGCUUUUUGGUGUAAACCGCUACCUUCAAAUCAUAAUCAACUUAUUUCUUCUGAAAACAGUAGUGUUAGUUCACUUGUUAUUCAUAAAAAACUGCAAGAAAAUCAUUGCAAUCAGUUAGCUGAGCUAAAUGCUAUUGAGAAAGAAACAGAACAAAAUAAAUUAAAGCACUCUACUGAAAAUGGAGAAGUUCUGUUGUCCCCUCAAGGAUACCUUCAUAAACAAAAUUGGAUUGUACCACUAUUCAUUAACCAAGAAAAUAAUUCUGAAGCAAGAGAUAAAGUACUUACACUUAUGAGUAAAUUACACAAGUCUCCAUCUGAUUUAGACUCGCAAAUAUCACUACCUCGAUCGUAUACUCUUCCUAGAGAAUUCAAAUUUUAUAGAAAAGUUAGACCAAGAAAAACAGUAAAACCUGAUAUUUUCAUUACAUCUACUAAUUCUAGUGAUGGUGAUGUAGAUUCUGAAGAUUCAGAUUCAUCAGAACCUCAAUUAUCUCCACACCCAUUAAGACUUCCUGAGCGUAAUGCUAUAGGUAUUCGACAUGAGACCAAACUUUAAUUAAUUUUGUUAAUUAUAAUUAGAAAAAUUUUGUAUAAUAAUUCUUCUUCAUUCAGUAUAAAGUGUUAAAUUAUUUUAUAUUAUGUAUAUAUUGUUUUCACAAAUAUUUUAUGUAUAAAUAAGAUAUAAAUUACUUUUAUUGAAUUUCUGAUUUAAUUCAAUUACAAUACUCAUAUUA